AUGUGGUUGCAAAGGUUGCGAAAAUACGAACAUGAAGACAACAUGAUCAUGUUGCUACGUCAAAUGCAAAUGGCAAUGCAAGAACAGCGCAAUAUACUUGCUGAUCAAGCUAUUAUAUUACGUCAAAUUCUACUGCAAUUAUGUGAUAUGAAACAAGGCUCUGGAUCAAAGCACAAGUUCACGAGCGAAAAAUCGCCAAUUCCAGUAGUCGAGGAAGUUAUGACUAGUGAUAGUGCAACAGGUUUCGCAGAAGGCAAUACCAAAGGGGCGAUUGAUCCUAUUGGUAAACUCUCUGGUCAAGAAAUCUUCGAUCAAUUGAAUUAUAAUGAGAAGAAGGAGGCAUUAUUAUUGGCUAGACCAAUUAUUGAUCAAUCUCUAAUUUUGUUUGAAUCAUUCCCACUUUAUCUGUCAGUUUAUAGUAUUAAGAAAAGGUACACUAAAUACUUUGAAGAUUUUGAAGCUACAAAUAAUGGGUUCUCCUUACUAUUAAGAUCUGACGAGAUGAAAUUUGAUUAUAAUAAAAUAAGCAAUACUAAGAUUAACAGGCUCUCAUACCCUAUAAAGAUGUAUUAUUACAUCUUAUUAGUAGAUCAUUUUAGGGAAUUAUUGGUUGUGAAAUUUAGGGUACCCAACCGAGAAUCAGCGAACUUCAAGGUUCUCUUAAAUGAUAUGCUUCUCACACCAAACUUGAAUGAAAUCAUGACUGAGGUAUUGGAAGUUUUCGAAAGAACCAGCUUCAAUAACGGAAAGUUAAAGCCGCAGGAAGAAAUCGACCGUUAUCUUAUUUCAGAGCAUUUGAAAUUGACGUCUAUUACACAUGAGAGGAUGUUUUUAUUCGUCAAACAUAACGCCAACUUGACAUAUCGUUACAGAGAAGCGAAAGGGGUAAAUGAAGCAAAGUGUGCAAUAAAAUAUGCUACUGCUUUAUAUAAGAUCGGGAUAAAAAAUCCGAAAUUGAUAGAAGCACUUGAUGAAAUCAAUGAAAAGGUGAUUCCAGAUACGAUUUCUAUCUCGAUCGAUGAUCACGAAUUAGUGAGGUCCAAUGAGGAAUUCCGCGCUUUUUUUAGUUCCUGA